AUGGCCCAAAGGGAGUUAGAGUUAAGUUUGGAACGUCGAAGACAGGAACUCGAACAGUUACGCAAACAAAGAGAGGACGAUCUGGCCAUAAUAUCUGCACAAGAACAAGCGGAGAAAGCAGAACUUGAGAAUAAAAUACUUGGACAAGUCCUUAUCGAAAGACAAGAGAACAGAGAGUGAAUGAGUAAGUUCAGUAAAACCUCACCACCUUUGAAACAUUAUUUAGUUCCCAGUCCCCACGCAGUUAGUGAAUUUGAAAGUAAAGGUGUUUAUUCAAGUCCAUAUAUUGAAGAUGAACCCGGAAUGUCAAUGGAAUAUGUUUCCCAAGAAAGUAAACCAGUUGUUUACCCAGAAUCAUUCCUAAGCUAUGACAUAGAAACUGCCAUCUCAUAUGAAAAUACUCCACUGAGUACAACUUCCAAGUCCUUGCCAUUAAAGAACUUACAAUUCCAUACUGCUAACAGUAAUGUCCCCAACUUGGGUACAAGUCAGGAACCGAUUGCCAAAGGAAGUGAAACAGAUGUGUUACCCUCCAGUACUACUGUAAACCUACCUGAUCAAAGCCUGCUUCAUCCUGGAAAGAAAUGUUCAUUUCAAGCAACACUAGCUAUGAUGAAUUCUCUUCAAAUGGUCAUGUGA